CCAUCUACCUUUUCCUCAUCGUCGAGGUUUCCCUCGUCGUCUCCUCUCGAGUUCGACUCCCCGCCGCUUCUCCUCUUCAUCCUCGCGCACCCACCGUGAGAUCGGGCGCGCGGCGAGAUCCUCCGCGGGGAAAUGGAAGGCCACGGCGCCGCCGCUGGGGUCGAGCGCGUCGUGUUGCUGGCCCUCUGCGUCGCCGGCAUCUGGUCCGCCUACAUCUACCAGGGCGUCCUUCAAGAAACUGUAUCUACCAAGCUAUUCGGACCAGACGGGAAGCGGUUCGAGCACCUCUCCUUCUUGAACCUGGCGCAGAACGUUGUUUGCUUCGUGUGGUCCUUGAUCAUGAUAAAGCUGUGGUCUAGGAGCUCUUCCGGGGGAGCUCCAUUGUGGAGUUACUGGAGCCCAAGCAUUACUAAUACUAUCGGUCCUUCCAUGGGAAUUGAAGCAUUGAAGUACAUCAGUUAUCCUGCCCAGGUUUUGGCAAAAUCUACCAAGAUGAUUCCUGUUAUGCUGAUGGGCACGCUUGUUUAUGGGAUCAAAUACACUAUCCCAGAGUACAUUUGCACCUUCCUUGUUGCUGGAGGGGUGUCAUCAUUUGCACUUUUGAAGACUAGCUCGAAGACUAUAAGCAAGCUUGCUCACCCAAAUGCUCCUCUUGGCUAUGGGCUGUGCUUUCUGAAUUUAGCUUUCGAUGGUUUUACAAAUGCUACUCAGGACUCUAUCAAAGCAAGGUACCCAAAGACGAGUGCUUGGGACAUUAUGUUGGGAAUGAACCUAUGGGGCAGCAUAUACAAUGUCAUUUACAUGUUUGGUUGGCCCCAUGGAAGUGGUUAUGAGGCGGUAAGAUUCUGCCAGGAGCACCCGGAGGCGGCAUGGGACAUCCUCAUGUACUGCCUCUGUGGUGCGGUGGGACAGAACUUCAUCUUCUUGACCAUAAGCCGCUUUGGCUCUCUUGCUAACACAACCAUAACCACAACCCGCAAAUUUGUCAGUAUCGUUGUGUCCUCAGUGAUAAGUGGCAAUCCCUUGUCGCAGAAGCAGUGGGCGAGUGUGGUAAUGGUCUUCUCAGGUCUCUCCUUGCAGAUCGUCCUCAAGUGGAGGAAUCUUCAGGGAACAAAGAAGGACAAAAAAAGGGCAUGAGGACCCAUUGUCUUCCUCCUUAAUCAGAGUAUCUCGGCGGCCUUUAGCAAGAGAAGGAUAGAGUAACCUCAUUAAUUUUAGGCAGGCGGAUUUAUACAUGAUGAGCAAUGCAAAUGUACUAACGCUUGUUUUAUAACAAAUAUUUAUUUCUUGCUGCUAAAUCAAAUCCAAUACGAACAAGAUUUGCUUCUUUUUCCAA